AUGGCAGACGAAUCCAUCAAAACCGCUUUCCUUGAAAUUCAAGGUCGCAUGAUAGAAACUACAAGGAAAUUGAAGCAGGUGCAAAACCAGAUUCGUUCCAAAGAAACAGAUAAAAAGCGUUCUUUUUUGACAAUGGAGGAGCUGAAGCAGGUUCCCGAUGAUACUAAUGUUUACAAAUCCAUUGGGAAAACGUUUGUAUUGGAGACGAAGGCGACAUUAAUGAACGAACAGGAGAACAAGUUCAAGGAAAGUGAAACUUCAAUUACUGCAUUACAGAACUCAAAAGAAUACUUGGAGAAGCAGAUUGCAGAGGUGGAAAACAAUUUGAGAGAGCUGUUACAACAAGAUCCUGGUCUUGCUCGUCAAAUUAUGUCAAUGAAUGUGUAA